AUGUGCAGCGGUGGAAGAGUUGGUGGUGGUGGUGGUGAUGGUGGAAGAGUUGGUGACAGCAACAGUGGCGUUGUCGAUGGCGGCGACGGUGGCAUUGGUGGUGGAAGAGUUGGUGGUGGCAGCAGUAACGAUUGCAGUGGCGGUGGAAGAGUCGGUGGCAAUGGCGGUUAUGGCAACAUUUCUCGAGAAACAAACAGGGUGAUAGAGAGAGAAUGGAGCGAUGUCAUCUCCUCCUCCUCCUCCUCUGCCACCGCCGCCUCUUCCUCUGCCGCCGAAGAUGGACAUGUUGAUAAGGAUGGCGAUAGUGGACGAGAAUGGAGCAAUGUCGACGGAUUUCGAGGUCGGCGAGAUCGACAAGGGUUUUAA